UGUAAACAAUACAUUUGUUGGAUGUUAAUAUUUUGAUAUAUUUUCUGUUUUCUUAUUUAUUUAGUAUUCUUAGAAGUUUUGUUUUCGGGUCAACAAGUUUAAGUUAUACAUAUAAUACGAUGAAUAUUGAUUUUGAAACCAUGGCUGUUUUAGAAGAGGAAUCACACAAUGAAUCCCUGGGCGGGGUGUACGGGUCAACAGGCGCGUCCGGUGCGGAGGGGGGUGAGAGGAGGGAGAGUGGCAAGCGCGGCCGCAGACCCGGCAGAAAGGCGCAACUCGACAAGCAGGACAUGAAGGCUAAACUGGAACGUAGCAGGCAGUCGGCGCGUGAGUGUCGUGCGCGCAAGAAGCUCCGCUACCAGUAUUUGGAAGAGUUGGUUGCCGAUCGCGAGAGAUCAGUGCUUGCGCUGAGGAAGGAACUUGAUAAGUAUUACAAAUGGAAUCUCGAAAUCGACCAAGGGCGUAUGCCGGACGGUAUAGAGAUGCUGCUUCAGGAAAUGGGGGUAGUUAAACAAGAGGAAAACAAGCCUUUUUAAGUAUACAGCCCCUUCAGAGGUAACUUUUACUAUUUCUCUUCUAUUUGUAUCUUGUACGUAAAAUGAAAAUUCUUCAACAAUCUGGACAUUAUAGAAGAUUUUGUUUUUUAAAGUAAUCACUUUUUUUAUAAUUUAUUGUUAUAUGGAAGACUGUUGGCUGGUAUUCUUGCAUGAAUUUAAAUAGAUAUUAAUAUUUUUAACUAUACCAUUUCAAAUUUAACAAAAACUGAAAUUCAAAAUUUCAUUAUUUUUAAUAAAUAUAUUAUACAUAUAUACGUAGUAUACAUUUCGAGUAGUUUUAUAUAUGUAUUCAUAGUUAUACAAAAAAGGCUUUAG